UUUAUUUGAGGGGGGCGGGGGGUGGAGGAAGCGGAAAGCCGUGCAGAGUCGCCGGGGACCUUUCGGGUGAACCAUGUUGAGUCCUGCAAACGGGGAGCAAAUUCACCUGGUGAACUAUGUGGAGGAUUAUCUGGACUCCAUCGAGUCUUUGCCUUUCGAUCUGCAGAGAAACGUCUCGUUGAUGAGGGAAAUAGACGCGAAAUAUCAAGAAAUUCUAAAGGAAUUGGAUGAAUAUUAUGAGAAAUUUAAGCGUGAGACUGAUGGUACACAGAAGAGGAGAGUUUUACAUUGCAUUCAGAGAGCUCUGAUUCGGAGCCAGGAACUGGGCGAUGAAAAGAUUCAGAUUGUGAGUCAGAUGGUAGAGCUAGUUGAGAACCGAACCAGACAAGUGGACAGUCAUGUAGAACUUUUUGAGGCACAUCAAGAGAUCAGUGACACUACUGGCAUCAGUGGCAAAAUGAGCCAAGAUAAGUCGAAGAAUGAGACAAUCACUCAAGCAGAAAAGCCCAAUAAUAAGAGAUCUCGGCGACAACGCAACAAUGAGAAUCGAGAGAAUGCAUCUAAUAAUCAUGAUCACGAUGACAUCACCUCAGGAACACCGAAGGAGAAGAAAGCAAAAACAUCAAAGAAAAAGAAACGCUCUAAGGCCAAAGCAGAGAGGGAAGCAUCCCCUGCAGAUCUUCCCAUUGACCCGAAUGAACCAACGUACUGUCUGUGCAAUCAGGUCUCCUAUGGAGAAAUGAUAGGCUGUGACAAUGAUGAGUGCCCCAUUGAGUGGUUUCAUUUCUCUUGCGUGGGACUUAAUCAUAAACCAAAGGGCAAGUGGUACUGUCCCAAAUGUAGAGGAGAAAAUGAAAAAACAAUGGACAAAGCACUGGAGAAAUCCAAAAAAGAGAGAGCUUAUAACAGGUAGUUUGUGGACAUUCAUUUAAUAGUGAGGAAAACAAAAUAAACCAGUGUAUUUAUUACAUUGUCACCUUUGUUGAGGUGUAAGGAUUGUAAGAUGUAUAUUUUUAAAGAAUGUUAGAAAAGGAACCAUUCCUUUUAUAGGGAUGGCAGUGAUUUUUUUUUCUUUUGUUUUCAUUGGUACCCAUGUGUAACAAGAGUGGCCUGUGGAUCAACAUUUUAGAAACUACAAAUACAGGUUUGAAUUAAACAAUCAAGUGAGUCUCAGACUGAUUUUUUUUUUUUUGGUGGCUGGAAGCAACCUAAUGCAUUGAAAUGUGGAAAGAAAAAGAUUUCAUUUGAUAAAAAUAAUGAAAAAUAUUUCAUUUAAUAAAAAUAAUGUUAUCACUUCAUGAACAAAUUUUUAAAAAAUUAGCCAUGUUGCUAAAGAUAAAACCCAUAGCAAAUUUGUUUCUUGCUACCAUAAUGUAUAUCCGUAUAAUAAUUCAGUAACAAAGGUUUAAAGUUAGAAAAUUAUUUUUUAAAAGGAUAAAUGGUUAAAUUUUACCGGCAAAUAUUUUAUAUACUGGCCCGUUCCCCAAAUGGCCAUUUUUAAAUAAUUUGAGUACAUUUUAUAUUAUGCCAAACAGAAGUGGUCUAGUCAUUCAUAUCAUGCUUUUACCAUCACAGAUCAUAAUAUCGCAGUCUUUAAUUUAUAUAAGCUGUAUAAAUGUACAUUUCCAAGUUAACUUGCACUUGCUGUAUUAUAAUUGGAAAUGCAGCCAGGUGCCAUUGUGAAACAAAGGUGCGUUUCCUCUUGUAUGUAUGAAAGCUGUACAGAUGUGAUGUUAAGAAAUAAAUGAAACUUGGUCAGUUUGUUCCUCUAGCAGUAUAUUUAAUUUUGACUUAAGUAAUUUUAAAAAUUUUGUCUUAAAUGUGUAUACCAGCAGUUUACAAGCCUUAAGCAAAGUCUCUAUUAUUGUUAUCCCUUAAUAUUGAAGUAGAAGUUACCUAAUUGAAUAUAUAAUUAGACCAGGGGUCUGAAAAUUAUAGCCCAUAGGUCACAUUUGCCCACCACCUGUUUUUAUAUGGCCUGUGAGUUAAGAAUGGUCUUUACAUUUUUAAAUGGUUAAAAAAAAAAUCAAAAGGAUAUUUUGUAACACAUGAAAAUUAUAUGAAAUUUAAAUUUUAGUGCCCAUAAAUUUUUCAUGGAACACAGCCAUGUUCAUUCGCUUCUGUAUUGUGUAUUGACAGCUUUUUUACAGUGACAGAGUUGAAUACAUAUAACAGCGACCAAAUGACCUGCAAAGCCUAAAUUAUUUAUGUGCUGACCCCUUACAGAAAUAUUUGCUGCUCCCCGAUAGAGGAUAGUAUCUAGUGUGGUAUUUGUGUCCUUUAGUUUUAAACUGCCCACAUAUUGAAAGGGUCAGUGCAGUUUCCCAUUCUAAGCAAUGUAUGAUUCACUAACUCUGCACGUGAUAAAAUUAAUUUCUACCAAUAGACUAUAGAAUAAUUGACUAUAGACAAUAAUUGAGUAACCUCACUAUAGAAUUUCUAUGGUGUGUUUUUAUAAUAAGUAAAAUAGUAAGUUGUCUUCUGAUCAUUUACUUCAUUUGAUAGUUACUGGAAAUUUCAUUUGUGCCAGACAUAAAUUCCCUGGUUCAUAGUGAAUGUCCAUUAUAGAGGGUAUUUGAUCAGAGAAAUGCAAGUUAUAGUUGAUCAUGCAUAAAAAUGUGAACUUUUUGCAUAUCAGUAUUUACAGACAGACAUUUACUUUCCAGCAAAAUUCAGAACAUUUGAAUUUAAGAAAUUUGAAUGAACAUUAAUUUUAAAAUAGAGAUUUACCCAGAUAAAUAAUGAAGAAGAAAAAAAAAGUUAACUGAACAGAAAAUAAUACUUGAUCAAAAUCCAGUGGCAAAAAUAGUUCAGAGAACCAUUGCUUAAUAUAAAAUUAUAUUUUGUACUAGUUUCUCAUUUUUGUUAUAAUUGGGGCUAAUAAUGAAGAUUACGUUAGAGGAGUGAAGACCCAGUGGAACUCAGUUGCUAAUGCUAGACAUUGUCAUAUUUAUUUGGUUUUGCUGUAAACAACUCUGUAGUGGAGAAACACAAACAGUCCAUGGUCUUGGUCUGUUUGAAUCCUAUCUUUGUCCCUUAGGUGUUCGAUCUUGAAUAAACUGCUUAACUUUU